GCAACUUAAAUUUAUCACCUCAUAUUAUCUUUCGGUUCUUUUAAUUGAGACUUAGGGUUUUCAAAGUUAGGAAAAAGAGAGAGUGAGAGAGAUGAUGCAGACUCCGUACAAUACUUCAACGCAAGGGCAAUAUUGUCAUUCUUGUGGAAUGUUCCACCACCAUAGCCAAAGCUGCUGCUACAACAACACCUCCAACUCAAACGGCGGCUCUUACUCGAUGGUAUUCUCCAUGCAAAACGGCGGCGUUUUCGAGCAGAACGGUGAGGAUUAUUACUCUUCCUCCGUCGUUGACUGCACUCUUUCACUUGGAACUCCUUCGACGAGGCUUUGCGAGGAGGACGAGAAACGCAGACGCUCUACUUCCACUGGUGCUUCCUCUUGCAUCUCCAACUUCUGGGACUUGCUUCACACCAAAAACAACAACAACUCCAAAACGACGGCGUAUAGCGACGUCCCUUCUUUCCCCUCUGCUAAUCCCAUCAAGCCAACACGCGGCUGCUCCGGCGGUAACGGCGGUGGCGGCGACUCUCUCCUCGCCAGACGCUGUGCCAACUGUGAUACCACUUCUACUCCACUAUGGAGGAAUGGUCCUAGAGGCCCUAAGUCCCUAUGCAACGCAUGCGGCAUUCGUUUCAAGAAAGAAGAGAGAAGAACCACGGCGGCUUCAGGAAACGGCGUCGUCGGAUCUCAACCGGUCGCAACCGAUCAGUACGGACAUCACAACUCCGGCUACAAUAAUUACAACAUUGCCACUAGUAACAACAAUAAUAAUGGUACUUCGUGGGGUCAUCAUCACACGACGCAGAGGGUUCCGUGCAAUUAUCCGGCAAACGAGAUCAGGUUCAUGGAUGAUUACGGCGGCGGAGGAGCUAACAACGGUGAUUCCGACGGUGCUCCGUUCCUUUCGUGGAGGCUUAAUGUGGCGGAUAGAGCAAGUCUUGUCCAUGACUUUACUAGAUGAAAAAAAGAAAAAAAAAAUUGACGUUAGAUUCUUAAAAUUU